ACGUUUAACUCUAAACGGUAUUCGUUUAAAACAAAAAACGUUAUAAUUAACCUUCAGUUUAUUGAGAGUGUUAUGCUAUGGAGUUAAAACUUUUUAUUGUCCUACUUUGCGUCCAGCUAACUCUGUCAUCUCCGUAUUUCUACGAUUCAUACAGCGAUGAAGACUACAGUGAUGAAUGUGCAGAAAAACCAACACCAAAAUCUACACCUGAUCGUAAAAAUCAAAUGAAAAAAGUACCUCAGUAUGAAGUCACUGAGAAAGUUAUAGAUGUACCAGAUACAACUACUGCAAGAGGACAUAUUGAUAGAACGUUUGCAAUAACAAAACAAUUAAACCAAGCUAGAGUCAAAACACAAAGAAAUAAAUUUAUAAAUGACAAUAAAACAAAUAAAAAUGAAUUAAUGCGAAAGAUGGACAAAGAAUACCAAAACAUACUGCGAAUGUUAGCUGAAUAUAGAAGUAAUAGAUCUACUCACGAGAAUUUUAUUGAUGUUAACAAGUUGAUUAAUAAAAUUUCUGGACUGUGGAGACUUUUGAAGAAUUUUAUUGAAAUGAUUGAAAAUAAUACAUUUGUGGAAACUGAAGACAAUAUGCCUUUUAAUGUGGACAGGAAAAUAAACUAGUCAAUAAAAAAAAACAUAUAAAUAUUAAAAUCAAUUAAAAAGAACUAUUUAUUGUGUCAAGUAAAAUAAAUAACCUGUUGACAGAAUUCUUACUGCAUUACUGUGGUCAGUUGAUAUUUAGAACUCAUGGUAUUGUGUAUGGAAUAAUUAGAAAAAAUGAAUAUAUUUUUGUAGAAAUGUGAUCACGUAUUUAAUUUUCUUGAAAUUAU